AUGGCAUCCUCACAGGUCCAUCAACUCGUCGUCAAACUCAAGUCAUGUGUGCAAGACACGAGGCCAGCCGAUCUCGCCCUGGUCGCGCUGGCAGUUGUCGCUCUCACUCUCCUGACCACAUGUAUUUACCGACUCUACUUCCACCCACUCGCACGCUACCCUGGGCCGUGGUACAUGAAAGUCACUUCGCUGUAUGAUUUCUACAUUGGUGUCGGGGAGCGCAGACAUCUCCAUAUCCAUCAUUUGCAUCAGAAAUAUGGCCCCGUGGUUCGCUACAGCCCGAAUGCUUUGGCCUUUAACGAUCCCCAAGCCUUUCGAGACAUCUACGGGUUCAAACGCAAUUUUCGGAAAGCAGACGCCACGACCGUCGGCGCCUCUGGCCAUCCGGACGCACGAAAUACAUUCAGCGAGCCGCUGACAGAGAACGCCAUGAAGAAGAGAAGGAUUCUGUCACAGGGCUUCUCGGAGUCUGCUUUGAGAGAUGCUGAAGAAUUCAUGAUUGAAAAGAUCCAGAUCCUGUGUAAACAGCUGAUCAACCCCGAGACAGAAAAGGCCAAAGACAUGUCGCUGUGGUUGAAUUACCUGGCCUACGACAUCAUGGGCGAAGUCGUCUUUGGGAAGAGCUUCGACAUGUUGACGAACCCCUCCUUGCGCUAUGUGUUGGACUUGAUCGAUUCCAUGGUGUUUUCCACUCUCUUGGGAGGCAUCGCACCCUGGAUCUACAGCAGUGGUUUGAUCAACGUCCUCUUUCCGCGACUCCUGCGUACCCGCACCAAAUUCAUCGCCUACGUGGCUGGUGUCGUGCAGAACAGAAUUGCAGCCGAAGCUGAUGCCGCCGCCCAAGGACGACGCAAGGACUUUUUCCAUUAUCUGCUCAACGCCAAAGACGCAGACACGGGCAAGCCGUUGCCGAUCGAGUUCCUCUUCUCCGAGGGCGUCUUGUUGGUCGUCGGCGGGAGCGACACCAGUCUAGCCGCCACCCUUUUCUACCUGCUCAAAUACCCCCAGUGUAUGGAGAGGCUGCGUCAAGAACUCGACGUCAAGUUCGACCACGUCGAUGAGAUCAGAUCAGGCGCGAAGCUGGCUAGUUGUGUCUACCUCCGAGCUUGUGUGGACGAGGCGCUGCGCAUGGCACCUCCAGGUCCUGGAUUACUUCCCAGGGCGGCCUUGAAGUCGCCGUCUGAGGGUCGACUAACAAUCGUUCACCGACAGGGCGGAGAAACCGUGAAUGGAGAAUACAUUCCAGAAGGUAUUGACGUCGGCGUCGGCUGGUGGGCCCUUGCCUACAACGAAAAGUACUUUCCCGAACCAGACCUUUUCCGACCAGAGCGAUACCUCACGAGUGACGGGAGUACGGACGAAGACACCGCUACGGCAAAAGAUUGCUACUGGGCGUUUUCCAUGGGGCCCCGAAAGUGUCCCGGCAUCAAGAUGGCGUAUCAGGAACUCUACAUCACCAUUGCGAGGCUGGUUUAUCUUUUCGAUAUGCACCCGGAGCGGCCGGAAGAGUUGCAGAAGAACUUUGAGCUUCUUGAUCAUUUCAAUGUCAGGAAGUUUGGGCCCACGGUGUCGUUCACACUGCGUCCAGGGAGAGAACUCUGA